AUGAAUCUAGGAGUCGCCCCGGAGCCUGUAAUAAACUCACCCCGACCGCUCGGUCAACAAUCCCCCCUUCCGGGGAUAGAGGAAGAGGAUGAUUCCGACUGGCCUUUAGAAGACGCGACAGAUGCUACUAUCACACCAUCAUAUAAGAGCACGAAAAGUAGCACGGAUACGGUGUUCACAUCAUCCCGGAGUUCGGGGAAGAAGUAUAGUUUUGGUAGUCCGUCGUCUGUAAAGAUAUGUAUAUCGGCUGCAGCGAGGAAAUCGAAUAAAGCGCGCAAGCGUGGAUCGGGACAGGCGGCGCCCGUGGCCGGCGAGGAAGCCGCGCCCGCGCCUCUCGGUAAAAUGCAGGCGGAGCAGGGUAGCAUCGGUGAGCUGCAGAAGUACCACGGCAGGUACCUCAAGAGCCGCCGGCACACCCUCGCAAAUGUUCGGUAA